UUACUUUUGAGUGUCUUGCAAAUGUCAUGGUCGAUUUAAUAAUUUUAUUUUACCAAUAAAAUCAAGAAAUUAGUACUUGAAGCUUAGGUUGGAAUAUCCUAUUUGAAGAGUCCUUACCUUUGUUUGCUUGAUAUUUAUGUUAAAGACUAUCGAAAAGUCUGUUUUUGUUGACGAUGGAGUCGUCAGCGUUACAGGGCGCAGAGAGUGUCUGCGUGAAGGCUGAGCCCUGUGAGGACGUGUGUAUAAAAGAAGAGCCCAUGUUUGAGGGAGUGUCUGUAAAAGCUGAGCCUGUACUGGAUGAUGUGUGUGUAAACGACGAGUCGCCCGGCGUGAGCGCGGCGGAGGCGCUGUACACCGAUCACGUCAUAAAAGAUGAGCUAGUGAUCGGCCCCGUGCUAGUUGAGCGGCGCGGCGUGCGCCAAGCACCAACAGCUUUCAACCUGGGGGCAGAAGUCACGCAGUCAUGUGAGAUUGUCCCCGUGAGACCCCCUUUGAGGGACUGCUGUGUGAGACUGGAGCGUCUUCAUGUUAAAAAACACACUGGUGACAAACCUUACAAAUGUACCCAGUGUAGUUAUGCUAGUGCCCUAAAAGGAAAUUUUCAAGUUCAUGUAAGAAAUCACUCUGGCGACAAGCCUUACAAAUGUGACCAGUGUAGUUAUGAUAGCAGUCGUAAAGGUGACUUGCAAGUCCAUGUAAAGAAACACUCUGGCGACAAGCCUUACAAAUGUGACCAGUGUAGUUAUGCUAGUGCCCUAAAAGGAAAUUUUCAAGUUCAUGUAAGAAAUCACUCUGGCGACAAGCCUUACAAAUGUGACCAGUGUAGUUAUGCAUGUGCCCUAAAAGGAAAUUUUCAAGUUCAUGUAAGAAAUCACUCUGGCGACAAGCCUUACAAAUGUGACCAGUGUAGUUAUGCUAGCAGUCGUAAAGUUUUGAAACGUCAUGUAAGAAAACACACUGAUGACAAGCCUUACAAAUGUGACCACUGUAGUUAUGCUAGUGCCCAUAAAGGAGCUUUGAAACGUCAUGUAAGAAAACACACUGGUGACAAGCCUAAUAUCAAACGACGACCGGUCUGCCUAUGAAGCCGAUGUUCGAAUCCCGGUCCCGUGUUUAUUUGUGUGACGACACAGAUAUUUGUUCCUGAGUCAUGGUUGUUUUCUAUGUAUUUAAGUAUUUAUAUAUUAUACACAAUGAAAUUUAGUCAGUGAUCAGGAGUUGAAAAAUAUUAAUUACCAACCUAAAUAGAAUUGAAUUCGCGAAAUCUCAUGCAAUUUACUUCACUGUCUAAUUAAUUAUAUCGUUAAAAUUAAUAAAUACUGGAGACAUGGAAAUCCUAGUUUUAUUGAAGGGAAGUAGGUAUAGGUGCGAUUUGGCGGGAAAUUUGACAAUGACAAAUUAACAGCUUUAUUGCUCAUAAUUUAGUUUUUUUAUGGCGGUUACUUUGGAAAAAUGUUUUUAAACUCUUUAGACUAAACCAUUGGUAAGGUGACCUUAAAUUAAAAUUUGAUUUCAAAUUAAAAAAUUAGGUAUGAUAAAAAAUAAUUUACAAUUGUAUUAAUGCUACAUAAAUGUGACCACCGUAGAUGACUCAAUUAGAAAAAUUAGUUCCUGAUCACUGAUUAAAUUUCUUCGUAUAUAUAUAUAUGUAUAUUGUUGUCUGAGUACCCACAACACAAGCCUUCUUGAGCUUACCAUGGCGCUUAGUCAAAUUGUGUAAAAAAAUCCUAUAAUAAAUGUGACCUGCAAUUUGGAAGUUCACGUAAGAAAACACAAUGGUGACAGGCGAGUAGAUUUUCAAACAUGCCAGAUCGCCAUCAAACUUACUCGGCGAUUUUAAAAGUACUCUACUGAGUAUUUUACUCAAUAAACGAGUUCUUUGCUCAUAAUGA